AUGUCCAGAAUUUUGAAGGCGCCUUUCAAGGCCCUACAGACUAGGUCGCCGCCAUCGAGUGAUACUCAGUCUCAACAACCAGACGAGGGUCUUCGCAACACGAAGCCUUUGGUCCUCAGAACUCCUUUCUUGAUUGCAAUCGGUCUCUACAUCAUUGGCCUCAUUGUGGCACUCGAAUAUGGUUUUCGAACAAUCACAAUCGCGGAAAACCGAUUGCCCGUCCUUAAUGAGUACGGGUACGAAGACGGUACCGGAGCCUAUGGCCCCUUCCUGGCACCACGCCUCUAUAAGGCUAGAGCAGAGGAAGACUCGUCCCAGUUGUCCACAACCACUGGAUUCUCGUCCACUGGAACGCCCUCUGCAACAAGCACGGCUCCUCCGGUUUUCACAUCCUUCCCGCAAAACACCAGCAGCUCAGCGUUCACCCCGGAGCCGAUCUUGAUCUCAACGUCGAGUUCAACGUCAACGUCAACGGCAACGUUAGGAUGGGAUGCCUUGCCAACAGAGGCCAUGGAAUUCGGUGAGCGUAUCGGAUAUCCUGUCAUACACGUUCCGACCAACGGAACUUUGAGCCCAAACAGAACCAGCCCCUAUGGAAUACAGCGUCGAGUGCCGCCCAAGGACAAGUAUGGGCAAAUAGCGGGAUACCGAAUCAGGCUAUCCUUCUGGCAUGUGGCGUAUUGGAAAAGUUCUCGGCCUGGGGACAUACCAUACGUCCGCACCCCAGUAAAGUUUAUCAGCAGUAUCAACUUCUUUCCACUGGAUAAAGCAACCGAAUCGGACUGUACGAUCAUUUGCGACGGCCCUGCCUUCGUCUUUCUGGAGCCCUCGUGUUGGUCUGAGUGGUCAAGGGUUGCAACAGCCCAACGCGACAUGCGCGCUCUCAAUCCAUCGAUCAUGGUAGAGUACAACGAAUUUUCAUUCCACGGUGCUCGGCCGUGUGCAAAGGUCGCCCCAGAUGUUGUGGAAACCAGACCGGUUACUGCUACUCUGUUUAACCCUCUUCCAUCAGUCACAACCACUGAGCUCGUAUACGAAGAUGUCGUGGUGACAGGACCGGGCCAGGGGUCAUAUGUUCCUUCGACCUACACUCUGAGUGAUAUUGACGGAAAGCCCACCACCACGGUGACUACGCCUGUUUGGGUGCCUGCUGAUACGGCGGUAUACACAACAACCGUCAUGACCUUGACAGACAGUAAUGGCAGGCCGACCGCCACAAUCACCGGACAUGGGGGGAGCUCAGCGAACCAACCAAAAACCCUCUUCGAUGACAAGGGGAAACCUACGGCCACAGUCAUUGUGAACGGCGGGCGAUGGGUAUUGCGGACAAGAACAAUGACAGGUGGGCAUGGGACUACACCGAUCGCAACGAUCACUGCUUUUGCGACUCUGAAGUUUACCACUGUCACUGGGUAUGACGAUAAAGGAGUGUUGAGGACUGUGACGGGCAAAUUUCCUCUUGUUCCCAAGACCAUCACUAUGCGUGAUUCUAACGGGGUUCCCACGGCAACGGUAACCACGCAGGUGCCCACAACAUACGACUGGGGGGUCACGAUUACAGAUUCCAACGGUCGACCUGUGGCCACAGUGUGGUCCAAAGAUGACACCGGUAUUUUUCGCGCCUGGGACGAUGACAGCGACGGGAAUCCCGCCACCUUGGACACGGUUUCAUGGGGUGCUUAUCUUUUGGCAUCGUUCCUGCCCAUCAUCAUCACGUUACCGCUCACUAUCCUGGCGCAAAUUAUCGAUUCGCACGUCAAGGCGCUACUACCUUUGAAAGCCAUGUCACGCCGCUCCGAUGGGUCAUCGGCCGAGGAUUCAUUGUUUCUUACAACAGGUGGCAUCAAGGGUUUCUUCACCAGUUGGCGUCUCUUGUUUCAUUCAAGAGAGCCAGGUUUGCUGCUCUCGCAGAUGUUGAUUCUUGUCUCCUCUGCUACCGCCUCGUUCGCAACAGAAGCUAUUGGCUUUAAGCUCCAUGGAGGUUGUACAAUCGACAGCUUUGCUGGCUGUUUUAUGGAAAUUGCUAUCUUCCGGGCGCCGGGUCGGCUUGUACAGGUCUUUUUGAGUUUAAGUCUAGCUGUGGUUGUCUUUUUGAUCUUCGCAAUGUGGAACUGGCACAGAAACUGCGGAUCGGAUAUGAGGAGUAUUGCUGGUGUUGCUGCGCUCCUUACGGAGCAGACAACACGAGAAACCAUCCACAAGGCCAAAGUCAACAUCACGGACAAGUACGUCGAAAGAGAGAAGAUGAUCAAGGAACUGAGCGACCAUAGGUUUGCCCUGCGUCAAGUUGCGCAGGCACCACUACUGCCGCCCAGCCCGAGGCACUCCCCAACAGCAACGUCCACAUCCAGCGAGACAUCCCUGGGGCUGUCCUCGUCACAGUCGUCGUCACAGAAAAAGUAUGGUCCGUAUUGCACAGUGAGGCACUUGACGGAUCGGUCGAACACAAACAGGCCACAUCUGGCCCUUGUUACACUGCAAAACGAAGGGCAGAAACAGCCCGGCGCGAGCAAGAAGACAAGCGACAAGAAGCUGUUUUCUCUCAACCCAGUAGCACAAGACUACAUUGCCCAGGUGCUCUUUCUCCUCACCAUCAUCGGCUUUCUCAUCAUGAUCUUGUAUUACGAGCUCACAAGCUUUCACGACUCGGCCUUUGAGAUCUUUAUGAACUCACAGAACCUCGGUGUGCGCGCCUUAUUUGCCGGUUUGGGUUUCAUCAUCUCGCUGUUUUGGGAUUCUUACUUCUUCAACAUAGCAACCCGAGAACCCUACCGCCUCCUCUCCCGCCACCCCCGCCUUCUCCAGACAGACGGCACCAGACGAUCCAACCGCUUCUUCACUACCCCUCCCCCCCUGCACGUCUUUGAGGCCCUCACCCCUUCUAGGGUCUUUUACAGCCUCCAGGAUAGAUCAUUUAUCGUCCCUGCCGUGGCGGCUGUGACGGUGUUGUCGAAGCUGACCCCGCCGUUGUUGUCCAACAUACCGUUUGUUCCUUGGCUUACGUGGGAGACUCACCAGGCGUGUGCUUGGUCGGUGGUGGGGACGUUGGUGUUGAUGAUUUUGGUGCUUGGGUGGAAUUUAGUUGCGGUGAGGUACCCGUAUAUGCCGGUGAAUCCGGGGGGUGACGGGAUGGGGUUGGUUGGGUGGGUGUAUUAUCUUUGCGAUUCGAAUGUGAGGGCGGAGUUGGGGGAGGUUUAUAGCAGGAGGCAGGAGGUUGAGAACGGGGGUGGGGUUUGGGGAUGGUGGAAGGGAAGGGGACAAGGAGGGGAGAAGAAGGAGGGAUCGGAGGGGGAGAGGGGGAGAUAUGUUACUUUUGGGGAGGUGACGGAGGCUCAGACGGGGGGUGUGAGGGUGGGUAUUGGGGAGUAUGGGGUUGGGAGGGGGUAG